GAACAAAAAGUACAAUAACGAUCGAAGAACACAUUUUCCCCCAUUUCCUGUCUCAGAACUCCAAAACCCUAACAUUUCCUCACAGAAAAAAAUAGAAAAUAACGAAAGAAAUUACUUAAACCUAAUUGCAUUGAUCGACCUAGCGGUAAAGCUAGAAAAUAAGCGAAAUGUCGUGGCUGAGGACGGCGGUGAACAAAGCGGUGGAGGUUGGGAACAAUAAUAACAUCACGCGAAACAUCAAAAACUAUGCCGAUACCGUUGUUCAUCAUGCUGGUCAGGCUGUUGCUGAAGGAGCCAAACUCUUUCAAGAUCGCAUUGGGUCUCAUAGUAUCAGGAGUGUAAGGCAAACUGUGAAAAGAUUGGAGGAAGCAGCAAUCUCUUGUAGGGGUUUUGAGAGAGCUAUGCUGCUGAGAAGAUGGUUGGUUGCACUUAAAGAAAUUGAGAAGUUAUCUGAAGGCAGUCAAAAUAGCCUCGAGCAAGUUCUUGCUUCUGAUGAAGCAAAGGACACCCCAAAAAGGCCGUCACUGGUUUUGUAUUAUGACUCUGAUUUUGGGGAUGCACCGAUGAAUUUUCAAGAGGUUUUCCUUCAAAGCCAGGCUUUGGAGUGCAUAACAAUAUCUAUGAUUAUUGAAGCUCCAAAUGAGGAAGAGAUUUCUCUGCUCCAGGAGAUGUUUCGGCUUUGCCUUACCGGAGGAAAAGAAGUUCACAAUGCUGUAGUCAGCAGUAUACAGGAUCUAGCUUUUGCCUUUUCUAGCUACCAAGAUGAAGUGCUGGUGAAACGGGAGGAACUGCUUCAGUUUGUGCAAAGUGCCAUAACAGGGUUGAAAACCAGUGCAGAUCUUUUAAGAUCGGAUAUUGAAGCUUCUGAUUUGAAGAAAAAACUCAAUAAGUUGAGCACACGAAAAGAAGGUCAUGAUAAUGCAUCAGAAAAGACUGCUAAAGUGACUAUUGAGGCUCUGAGAGAAGCACUUGCAGAUAUACGAAACUGUUCCACAUUGGAAAAGAUUUUACUGAAAAAGAAGUCUCUAAACAACGGAGACUCUCCUGAGAUUCAUGCUCAAAAGGUUGAUAAGUUGAAGAUCUUAUCCGAAUCUCUUGCAAGUUCCUGUGCAAAAGCUGAGAAACGCAUAUCAGAUCACAGACUUCAGAAGGAGGAGGCCCUGACUGUUCGUGUAGCCAAAGCAAAUGAAGCUGAAGGAAAAGAGAAGGAAAUAGUAGCUGAGAUUUCAGUGCUUGAGAAACAAAGAGAUGAACUUGAAGCAGAGCUGAAAAAGGUUAAUAUAUCGUUGGCUGCUGCUAAUGUGCGUCUACGUGAUGUCCGGGAAGAAAGAGAUCAGUUUAACGAAGCUAACAAUCAGAUUGUUUCCCAUUUGAAAACAAAGGAAGAUGAAUUGUCAAAUUCCAUUUCUGCUUGUAGAGCAGAAGCUGAAGUUCUCCAUACAUGGAUUAAUUUCUUGGAAGAUACUUGGCUUAUCCAGUCCACAUAUGCAGAAACUAAGAACAAGCAAGUCGAUGAGGAAUUGGAGCAACAUGAGGAUUUCUUUGUGGACUUGGCCCUUAAUCUUCUCUCUGAUUACAAGAAAGAGCUGACCCCUUCUAUUAGUCGUAUCGGUAAAUUUGUAGAGAACCUGAAGAAGUUAAAUGAGAGAUCAGAGAAGGCUUCUGGUCCAAGUGAUGAGGAUGCCAAAGAAUUAAACCCGAGGAAACAUCUUGAGGAGGAAUAUUUGGAUUAUGAAGCCAAGAUUAUUACUACCUUCAGUGUGGUGGAUAACAUGAAAGAUCAGUUUUGUAAGCAUGAGACACUCUCAAGGAAAGGUGACCCUAAGGUUAAAGAAUUAUUCAAUGAUAUUGAAAAGUUAAGAGUGGAAUUUGAAGCUAUUGAAAGGCCGACAUUGGAAAUUGAGACUCCGAAGAUUGAUACUCCUAACGAGAAUAUGCAGAUGGUUCCGGAAUCGACACAACCUAAACCUGAUAAUACAAAGGCAAAGACUGAAGCACAACCAUUGCUGGAUCCUGCAGCAGAAUUAGCAAAGCUGGAGUCAGAAUUUGGGAAGGGUAGCCAAGACUACUCGACUGAGGAGAUAGGUGAUUGGGAGUUUGAUGAACUUGAAAGGGAACUGAGAGCUGGUGAUACUGCGCCAGGCAAAUAGGUCAGGUAAUUUAACCUUGUGGAAACACGGUCAAAAUUAUCUUAUAUAUUAUAAUAGGCAAGCCCUUGUGCUAGUAUGACAUGUAUUGAUAUAUGUAUAACCUGCAUUCUAGAAUCAAGGUUUUCACUGUUACCUCUGUAACAUUGGAUGAGGUCUCAAUUUAUUCAUUCUUAUGUAAAUACCUGUAAUCCUGGAAUUCGUAGAAAACAUGAAUCUGUAUCAGGGUUCAUCUCUUCACAGUUUA